AUGUCGGGGCUGGACAUUUUUAUAACUCAGGUGGAAGGCGAAUUCGUUCGCUUGAGUGGAUACGAUGCAUUAGAGAAAGUCCACGAUGAGCUCACAUCACGCUGCAUGGAUGCUUGGCUCGCGAUGGAACCUCGAUUGAGAUCGUACUUCAACAACAGUGAGACCGCGCUCUCACCGCAGCCGAGACAAGGGUCGGGAGGCAGGACGCGGAUUCGGAAACAGGCUAGAAAUUCGCGACUUCCCAAAAGACCACUGACAGCUUAUUUCGUGUACUGUCGGGAGAAAAGACCUCUCGUACAUCUCGAAAAACCUGAAUUGAAGCACAUCGAAUUGACUCGAGAAUUGGCCAACAGAUGGAACAACCUGAGUUCCGAAGAGCGGGAGCCAUACGAUAUCGCCGCACAGAUGGAUCGCAAACGCUACAAUGACGAGAUGGCGCUGAUGAUAUCGCGGCAGGACCCUGACAUCGAUGAAGACUCCGCUUCCGAGAGCAGAGUUUACAAUUCCCCGGAAAUCUCUGAAGGAAGCGAUAGCUCACGGAGCAGCCCGGCUUCUUCGCCAUUCAAUUGA